AUGCACGCUGUCUUGCGCGCCUUCCGCCGGGAGCUGCACGCAUUUCCUGAGCUAGGUUUCAAGGAAACACAAACCCAGGAUCGAGUGAAGAAGUUCUUGAUCGAGCAUGCGAAGAUCCCCGAGGAACACAUCCGACCGUGUGCUACAACGGGACUAGUCGUGGACAUUACGUCUUCGUCGACCGGUCCACCCUCGACGACAGCCGUGACUUGUAUUGCAUUUCGAGCCGACAUGGAUGGUCUCCCGAUGACAGAGAACAAUCCACAUCUACCCUAUCGUUCCCAGCAUGUCCAGUGCGCCCACAUGUGCGGCCACGACGGUCACAUGGCGACAUUAGCCGGCCUUGCCGUGGUUCUGUAUGCCCGCCGCGACAUCCUCCCUCAGGGUACUAUCGUUCGACUUCUCUUUCAACCGGCAGAAGAAGGGCCGGGUGGCGCAGUUCCUAUGAUCGAAGGCGGCUGUCUUGACGGUGUCGAUGAAGUGUAUGGGUACCACAACUACGCAUUUCCCCUUGGCAACCUCCACGUUCGCAGUGGUCCAGUUAUGGCCCACGAGCAAGAGUUUUAUCCCAUCAUCGUGGCCACGCAAAUCGUGACAGCGCUUCAGACCAUCGUGAGCAGGAGUCUGUCGCCGUACGCCAGCGCCGUGGUGUCGGUCACGACGUUUCACGCCGGCGAGACGUCCAACGUGAUUCCGUCCACGGCAACGUUGAGUGGCACCAUGCGCGACUUCGACCCGGCUGUGGCAGCAAUUCUUCGCAACCGCAUGGAAGCUAUCGUGCACGGCACGUGCCGCAUGCACGGCGCAGUGGGGACUGUGACACUCGUGGAGAGCUACCCCACCGUGGUCAACGCUCCGCUCCAAACGCAGGUGGUGCAGGAAGUUGCAUCCACCGUCGUCGACACCGUGUCUGAGGACGGCCUACCCAUGAUGGCGGCCGAGGACUUUGCGUACUACUUGGCAGAGCGUCCGGGGUGCUUCUUUUUCCUGGGCACCCACGAGCCGUCAUCGAACGAAGCCAGUCAAGGACGAGAUUUGCACUCGGACACGCGUGCGGAUGUUUGUGGGGCUGGUCGAACACCGCUUUGGAUGUAA